UCUUUAUCCUAAAACAGGGUUCGGUGGGUUCAGAGCUUAUCUCCUCCUCACGGAGCUUGAGUCCCAUUUUCAAUAACAGACCAGUGCAGCUGUAACUGGAUGUGGUGUUUGGUGAAUAUUUAAACCAUCUGCAGUUUCUUGCAGACAUUCAGAACUCUGCUUCUUCAUUUAAACUGCGGAAUCUGCUCUGUGCUCUUUGACCCAAACAUGGCCGGACAGUUUUAUUACCCAAACAUGACCUACAACCCCGGACAGAUCAUCACAAAUAACAAGCAGCUGAGGAUAGUGAUGGUGGGGAAGACUGGAGCUGGGAAGAGUGCUUCUGGAAACACCAUCCUGGGACGAAAGGGCUUUGAAUCAAAGUGCACGUCUAAGUCUGUGACUGUUGACUGUUUCAAGCAUGAAUGUGUGAUAGAUGGGCAACAGAUUGCUGUCAUUGACACUCCGGGCCUGUUUGACAACAGGUUUGAUGAGACUAAAACAGCUAAAGAAGUGAGCGAGUGCAUUCUUUUGGCUGCUCCUGGACCCCAUGUGUUUCUGGUGGUCAUUGGUGUGGGCAGAUUCACUGCAGAGGAAAAGCAGACGGUGCAAAAGAUUCAAGAAAUAUUUGGCCAGGAUGCAGACAGAUACAGCAUGGUUCUCUUUACUCGUGGUGAUGAUCUUGAAGAAACGACCAUCGAGAAAUUCAUAGAUGACGACACCGACCUUCAAGAACUUGUGGCCAGAUGUAACAACCAGUACCACGUCUUCAACAAUAAGGAGAAGAAGGAUCGCUCACAGGUCAAUGAGCUGCUCCGGAAGAUCAGAGAUGUAGCGCAGAGGAACGGAGGAAGCCACUACACCAACGAGAUGUUCCAAAAGGCCGAGAGGGAAAUGGAAGAGGAAAAACAACGCAUCCUGAGAGCAGAAGAAGAAAAAAUACAAAAAGAGAGAGAGGAACUGGCGAAGGAACUUCUGAAAGAACAAGAAAAAGACAUUAAGAAAAUGCAAAAGCAACACAAGGCUGAGAGAGAGAGGGAGAGGAAAGAGAGAGAGGAGGAGAGGAGGAGGGAGAGGGAGGAGAGAGAAGCAGAGAGAAAGAGGGAGAGA